AUGAAGCGAUCUGUGCACGGUACCUGGCUGCCCUUGGGUUUGAGGAAUCUUCUGCUGCUUGCAGCUGUCUGCUGCACAGAUUCUUUCAUUCUGAACUCGCCAAAACCAUGCUACACCCGAAAUCCUGGCAGAUCGGCAUGGACUUGUUCACUUGGAGGCAGAGAAAGGCCGAUGCAGACUGCGCUCUACCAUUUCAUAAGGCAGGGAGCUCCAACGAGGACUACCUGUCUUUUGAAAACCAACCAUGUGGAUGAGAGCGGAUAUGGAGAUGGUGUGCCUCUGCAGAAAAAGGUUGUACUCAAACUUGUGCUCUUGUGGAAAUGGAUGGCGCAGCGCAUCAAACUCUUAGUUUUAUCAUUUCUGACCAUUUUCCUUUCUCUCUCAAUCCAACUGAACGCAGCGCAAGCGGCGUCAAUCUGCAUACCUGUUCCCACAUUUAACGGCAUUGGACAUGUUUGCAUCGAAUCUGGCCCAAAUAAGCCCGAAAAGCAGACCCCAGAGUAUGUCAAUCCCCAGCAAACCCCCGCCAACGGCGAAGGAAACAUUCUGAGCCGAGCAGGGUUUCGGCCACAGACGAUGUUCCAGGAAUCCUGGGCAAGGAUCCAAGCAAGUGCAAGAUGGAAGUUGAUAAUGAUGGAAGAGGCGGAUGCUCUAUAUCAAAGUUCACAGCAGAUGGAUGAGAGGAGCCAAAUCGUUGCUGGCAUGAUAGAUCCUGUUGUCACUGGCUCUUUCGUCUUUUUCGGGGACGAUGCAGUUCGACUGAUCCAGACGUGCCAGACUAUUGCUCGUAAGGCUGCUGAAGAAAUUUUUCCAAUCGAUUUUGAUGAGAAUGGGGUUAUAGAGAAGGAAAGUCUGCCCGAGAAUCAAGUGUUGGCGGCAGCAGUCCGGUACUCCUCCAUGGUUUUCUUAAACGCUACUCGGCAGGACGUCGUAGUCCAUCGAGUCGUCGCCGACGAGUUCAAAGCGUCGGAGGUGGAGAAGGCGUUUGAGGCCUGGGAGAACACCUUAAUGGAGGAGGAGUUCCGUGGCGUCCCAGUCGAUGAGUACCCCCACAAGCCAGGGGAGUUCCAAGUGGGGUCAUGGGAUGAGAAGCCGAAACCUGCCAUCACGGGAAUCGCACUCGAGAAGCGCGCAGAAGCCAUCGAACUUGUUGAAGAUGGUGCGGGAGACUGGAAGGAGAUCUUGUGGAUGAACCCCCGACGGAAGGCUCCUGUGGAGUACGCCAUGAUACCUCCGUCGACGAGGAGCAUCGAGGAGCAAGAAUUCAUCGAAGAUCGUCGAGCAGCAAACCAAGAUCGAGUUCACAAGAUUCUCUUUAACAAGACAGGAGGAUACCUGAAAAGACUGCAGGAAGUUCGCAAGAGGAGGGAGCUUCCCCUUGCCACAGCUGAGGAGUGGAAGGAGGCGAACAAGACAGGAGGGAUGAUGGAUGAUGAUGAUGAUCGAUUCAUCGAUAUCAGGAAGGCGGAUUUCAACAAGCUCUAUACGGAGGAGUACGGUGAUGACUGGAAGAAAGACUUUCCAGAAGAUUUCAAGGCAGUCAAGGAGGAGAAUUUGAGGCUCAUCCAGGAGCUGAAGGAGUGGUAUCACAAGGAGAGGGGAAGAAAUUUCAACACUCCGGCCGACGUUCUCAAGCUGUCCGGUCUCCAACUUCAGAACGUAUCGUCAGGGAUAAACUUGGGGAAAGACUUUGACUGGAACGUGGUGAAUUCAGCCGAUGAUAUGGUGAAGAUCUUGAGAGAAAAUGCUGAUGAAGAGACUGCAGGGGAGGCGAUGACAAAUGACUUGAAGAACUCAACGGUGCAAAGGAAACAAGACGCAGGCAUGGCUCAAGACAGCAACAGAAUUCCAGUAGAAGUAGAAUGGGUGUUGGAUGGGAUCGAUGAAUCAAUUCGCAAGGAGUUGGAAGAGUUGGAAUGCACGUCAAUGUUCGCAACUGAGCUCUACAGAAUUAUGCAGGAAGCCAAGAACGUUCUGAUUGCCAUGUCAAACCCUGAAUCACUCUUAAUCGAUGGCUUGCAGUUCGCAGCUCCCGAUGAGAAGGCUCCCUCCAUUGGACAAAUCAUAAGCUCACUUUCAGAAUCCGACAAGGUGUCGACAGGGAAUUUCCCUUCAAUGAUUAUGGAACCAGAGAGUCAAAACUUCACGUGGCAGACUUCAAACGAUUCGUCUCUGCUCGCCCUCGCAAAUGCGUCGAAGACGCUUGAGGAGUACGAAGCUGAAGUAGCAGCUCAGCAGUCAUCUGAAAAUUUCUCGCUCCCAGUGGACAUGACUCUCAAAGAUGUCGUCAGAGAUGUGGGCAACGAACUCAUUCAGUCUUGCGUGCUCAACUUUCGGUGGAGGAGCAACGACCGAGAAAAGUCGGAAAAACUCGAAGAGGCCUUGAAGAGGACGGUGCAGUCAAAAUCCUUCAGCAGGAUUGUUUCCAAAGGCGUCUUAGGGAGAGAUGAAGUUGUAGAGAUGGGAGAAGAAGUGCCGCAGAACGACUCGAACAAGGAGGAACGACAUCGCAGGGCAGACAGCUUAAUCUCCUUGAUCGGGGAGAGCGAAGAGCUAGAGAAGCAGCUGGAUGAUUACGUCAUCUUCGACCUCAAUGCUCUCGGGAUAAACAUCUCGCAAGGGGAGACUUCCAACCUGACCCUGUCGAACCAGACUUUACAGCAGGUCACGGCUUGCAAGCUGAUGCUGCCCAGGUGGCAGUGGACUGUCCUGAAGAGAAACAAGGAGCUGCAGGAGCGAAUCUCUCUCAGAUUCUUUGAUAAGUUGUGCGUGUACAUGACUGACUUGCAAGACAACAACAAGGACCCGGCGGAAACUCUGAGCAACGACAUGCAGGCGAUGCUCGACGAGGUCAUGGACAAGCUGGAAGAGUUUGUAGAGCCAGAUCAGGACAGUGCGGAGCAGGUGCAGACUGAACUGGUCAUAGAAGAAGCACAGAGCCUUCAGAGCUCGAAGGAGCAGGAGGAGAAAGAGAGAAAGUUCGCCAUUGCGAACCGAGCGGCCUUCGGCUUCCCUGAGCCUCAUUGCGUGGCGACACUGAUGGUCAACCUCUGCCUCCCCAAAUCUGACUCCGCCAAAAAGCUCAUCGCCUCCGCUCGGACUGCCAUGGAGGCAGAGAGUCUGCCGGCGUUUGCCGCUCUCAUGGAGAACUUGACGUACUCAGGAUGCGUUCCGAAGAAUCUCGUGGGAUUCGAGCUGCUCUGGACGACAGAAGCACAGCGAGGAUUCGAGAUCGAAGAUGCGAGGAUGAGGGAGGCGAAGCAAAAGGAGCUGGAAGAGAAGCAGCGGCAGGCGGAGCAGAGGAAGGAGGAGGAGAGGAAGUACCAGAGCCGACUGGAGCUGGAGAAGAUGCAGGCGCGGGACCUCUUGAUGCCCCCGGAGUAA